GCAGCCGGUUCUCCUAAUGGUUCCCUCCUAAUAUUCUAGCAUCUCUCAUGUUUCUCGAGCUAUUGAGUUACGAAUCAACGAUAAUAUAAGAAUACGUGUUGCGGCACUUAAAUCGUAUGUAGAAGCUGAGGCAGGCAGCAUUUGUUUCGAUUCCAUUCAGUACAAGCUCGAUAGCCUUUUCAAAGAUGUAUUGGAAUAUCGUGACUACAUGAUAAAUUUUGAUGGCGUGUCAUCGGCAUUGCUCCGUGCCAAACAAAUCUUUGACAAGGCUGUGAAUGCUGUUCAUACACCAGAUGCGAGGUCCAUGUAUCAACCUGAAACAACUUCAGCUGAAGGUGGUGUAGGGAGGCCUAAAUUCCUGAUAUCAGCGGAUCAACUCCGUUUCUUUGCAGGAGACUUGCACUGUAAUGUGAAAGACAGUGCCAAAUGUUUUAACGUCAGUGAAAGGACAAUAAAAAGGCGUCUCCAGGAAUAUGGCAUCUCUUUAAGGAGUCUAUAUAGUCCAAUUGAUGAUAAUGAACUAGAUGAGAAGGUUGAAUUCAUCUUGCAGAAUAUGCCUAUGGCAGGAUACAAAACUGUUGAUGGAUAUCUCACAUCCCAACAUGUGAGAGUACAAAGACAACGGAUUCGAGAUAGCCUCCAUAGAUUGGAUCCACAGAGGCAAGAAUUAAGAUCAUUGACUGCUAUACGUCGUAGACAUUACUCUGUUCAAUCACCAUUAUCUCUUUGGCACAUAGAUGGUCACCAUAAACUGAUAAGAUGGCGAUUUGUAACUUACGGUGCUGUGGAAGGUUAUAGCCGUGCCAUUGUGUAUCUUCGCUGCUCAGCGAACAACAGAGCUUCUACUGUGUUACAGCUCUUCAGAGACGCAGUUGUGAAGUGGGGGUUACCUUCCAGAGUGCGUUCAGAUCAUGGAGGUGAGAACUUUGAGGUGGCCACGUACAUGCUUGAGCACCCACUUCGGGGACCUGGCAGAGGAUCCUUUAUCACUGGGAGAAGUGUCCAUAAUUCCAGAAUUGAGCGCCUUUGGCGGGACCUCCAUGCACAAGUUACAAGUGGGUUUUACAACCUAUUUAGGAGCUUUGAGAACCGGGGUAUCUUAAAUGUUGACAAUGAGCUACAUUUAUAUUGUCUCCAUGUUGUAUUCCUGCCACGAAUCAAUCACUGCCUGCAAUGUUUUGUUGAAAUGUGGAACAAUCAUAAGUUGAGAACAGCUAACAACCGAACACCAUUACAGAUGAUGGUAUUGGGACUCCACUUCAACAGAGGAAGCACACUCAGCAAUGAGCAUUUUGACAACUUAUGUGAGGUAUGUAAAUGUAAUGUGUUGGAUGUUCAAUAA